UUUUUUUAUGGUAAAAUAUUUUUUUUUUCCUGUGAAGGUUCAUAUAAAAAAUAAUAAAAGGGAUGGUCAAAUGGCUAAACUAUGUCCGGGGUUGGGUUUAGACUUAUUUUGUAAUGAUAUACAUACAUACACAAAAUAAAUAUAAUAAGGUUAUUUUUUUCUUUAUUUUUGUUGAUUUAUAAUUCUUUUUGGAAGGGGCUUUGAAGAAUUUACUUCCGGAAUUAACAUUACAAAAAUAGUGACAUCAUUCAUUUUCAGUGAUAAUUUCACACGAUGCUGCGGAGUGGGUUGAAGAUUUUAUCCAAGAAAAGUGUAAAUUAUAUGUUGGGGUAACCUAAAUUUUUCUCCUUUUUAAGACUGUUUGCAACAAUAUGAAAGUUAUACCUAUUCCAGUUCUACAAGAUAAUUACUCUUAUCUUGUUAUUGACGAAAAGACAAAUGAAGCUGCAGUCGUUGACCCAGCAGAACCUGAAAAAGUUCUUGAGGUUGUAAAAAAUCAAGGGGUUAAUCUUAAACAUCUGAUCACAACUCAUCAUCAUGUUGAUCAUUCUGGCGGAAAUACUAAAUUAGUAGAUGAAAAACCAGAUUUAAUUGUUUAUGGAGGAGAUGAUCGUAUCCCAUCUGUUAACAAGAUUGUUAAAGAUAAUGAAGAAUUUAAGAUUGGUCAAAUUGAUGUCAAAGCUUUAUUCACAAUUUGUCAUACUAGUGGUAGUGUUAGCUUUUAUUUACAAGAUGAAAAUGACAAAGCUGUUUUCACUGGUGACACCCUUUUUAUUGGAGGAUGUGGUAGAUUUUUUGAGGGUACAGCAGAACAAAUGCAUAAUUCAUUAAACAAUAUUUUAGCUAAAUUACCUAAAGAUACAAAAGUUUAUUGUGGUCAUGAAUAUACUAAGAGUAAUUUGAAAUUUGCGGCUUCUGUUGAACCUGAUAAUGAGUUCCUUAAACAAAAAAUUCAAUGGGCAAAUGAAAAUGAACGAACUGUUCCAAGUACUAUUGGUGAUGAAUUAGAAUUCAAUCCUUUCAUGAGAGUUGAUAAAGAAUCUAUUAAAAAAGCUACUAGUAAACAAAGUCCUGUCGAAGUUAUGGCUGCUUUGAGAGAAUUGAAAAAUAAAUUUUAAUGUAAGAAAGAGUAAGAUUUAGCUAUUUAUUUUUAUUUUAUUUUAAAAAAAAAAACACUUUCUUGUUUAUUUUCUUAUCAUUUGUU